AGGUGGACCGAGCCCACGCGCCUUCGCUUCUCUCUCUUUUCCUCUUGCUGUGGGACCGGAGGCGGCUAGGCCUGGGCGGAGUCAUCCGAGGAGCGGCGGCCAUGGAGGAGCGGAGAGGAGGCGGCGGCGGGGGGCGGGGCUCCGGCAAGGGGCCGGCGGCGGGGAAGAUGAUGUCGCUCAACGAGUUCGUCUCCUCCAUGGCGCCCCUCAUCGACCUGGAGAAGGCGGCGGAGAUAUCGGCGGAGUCGGAGGCCAGCUCCAAGAGGAAGGAGAGGAGGGGGUCCGUCAUGCCCAACCUCAAGUGCACCGACGCACAGACGGGGCUGAUGGGGAAGACGCUCCUCGAGUUCCAGCCCAACAAGAGCGACGUGCUUCCGCCUCACAAGUUUGGUACGCACGACGUGGUUGCCCUCAAGCCAAAUAAAGCAGAUGCUGGAUCCCCUGCUGUUGGGCAAGGUGUAGUUUAUCGCUUGAAGGUAUCUUACUCACAUCUAAGGGUUGUUGGUUAUUUAAGUCUUUGCAUUGUACUACGCAUACUGAUGGCAAUGUUGUGUUUGAACAAACAGGAUUCUUCCAUUACCGUCGUUUUUGAUGAUAUUCCUGAAGAUGGAUUAAAUAGCCCUCUCCGUCUUGAGAAGCUUGCGAAUGAGGUUACUUACCGCAGGAUGAAGGAUGCAUUAAUUCAACUUAGCAAGGGCAUCCAAGCAGGACCUUCUGCAAACCUUGUUCCUGUGUUAUUUGGAGAGAAUUCGCCUAUGCGUUCCAAAGACGCCAUGAAGUUCAGUCCGUUUAACAAGAAUUUGGAUGACUCACAGAAAGAUGCUAUCUCGAAGGCCCUCAGAUCAAGGGAUGCUUUUUUGCUUCAUGGACCUCCUGGAACUGGGAAGACAACAACCAUCAUUGAGAUAAUAUUGCAGGAGGUCAAGCGUGGAGCGAAAAUCCUUGCCUGUGCUGCUUCCAACAUUGCUGUUGAUAACAUUGUUGAGCGACUCUCACAGUACAGAACAAAAUUGGUGAGGUUAGGGCAUCCUGCCCGUUUACUACCGCAAGUAUUGGACAGUGCUCUUGAUGCACAGGUACUUCGAGCUGAUAAUAGCAGCUUGGCCGGAGAUAUUCGCAAGGAAAUGAAGGUGCUUAAUAGCAAAUUGCUGAAAGCUAAAGAUAGAAACACAAAAAGGGAUAUCAGGAAAGAGCUUAAAACCCUUGCCAAAGAGGAGCGAAAACGGCAGCAGCUUGCAGUUGCUGAUGUCAUAAAAAAUGCGGAUGUUGUGCUGUCGACUUUGACAGGUGCAUCUUCCAAAAAGAUAGCUGGCAUUACAUUUGAUUUGGUAAUUAUUGACGAGGCUGCUCAGGCACUUGAGGUGGCCUGUUGGAUAGCUCUAUUGAAGGGCCAAAGGUGCAUGCUUGCUGGAGACCAUCUUCAACUUCCUCCAACGAUCCAAAGUGUUGAGGCUGAGAAGAAGGGUAUGGGAAAGACACUCUUUGAACGCCUUACAGAAGGUUAUGGAGAGGAAAUCACAUCCAUGCUCACUAUCCAGUACAGGAUGCACGAGCUAAUUAUGAACUGGUCAUCAAAAGAACUUUACAAUAAUAAGAUCAAAGCGCACUCUAGUGUUGCUGGACAUAUGCUCUAUGAUCUUGAAGGAGUGAAUAAAUCUUCUUCAACAGAACCAACUAUUAUACUCGUUGACACUACAGGGUGUGACAUGGAAGAAGUGAAAGAUGAAGAGGAGAGCACCAUGAAUGAGGGCGAGGCUGCAGUAUCCAUUGCUCAUGCCAAGUUGCUUGUUGAGAGUGGUGUCCGUGCAAUUGAUAUUGGCAUUAUUACGCCAUAUUCUGCACAGGUGACCUGCCUGAAAAUGCUGAGAAAUAAAGAUGCUAAAUUGAAGGACUUGGAGAUAUCAACAGUUGAUGGAUUUCAGGGUAGGGAGAAAGAGGCCAUAAUCAUUACAAUGGUCAGAUCCAACCCAAAGAAAGAGGUCGGGUUCUUGAGCGAUCAUAGGCGGAUGAAUGUCGCCGUAACACGAGCCAGGCGGCAGUGCUGCAUAGUGUGCGACGCUGAGACCGUAAGCAAUGACAGAUUCCUGAAACGCCUGGUGGAGUACUUUGAGGAGAAUGGCGAGUACCUGAGCGCGUCGGAGUACCAGAGCGACUGACUGUGAUAGCAUAUGUCGACCGGGCGACCAUGGCAGAGAUGCCGGAAACAAGCAACUGAUGGCUCCACAACUGGAUAUUUUGGUGCAGAUCCCAUCCGAUGCAUAAUACAUUGCCACAGAUGACUACUGAAACCAAAAAGAUUUAAUUUGGGUUUCAAUUGUUUGUAUGCACAAAGAUUUGUAUGGAACUGGCCUGUGUUCCACUGAAACCAAAAUAACGCGGUAUAUGUUAAUGCUAGAAACAUUUACGUCAAGCUCAAUCCAAAUAAAUUGUAUUAGUUGUUCAUGUUCA